UACCACAACAUGGGAACCCGAGCGAGGGUCUGACCGCCAGGAGCCGGAUGAAGCAAUGCGUCGGCCCGCUUGCCUCAAAGAAGCGUUACCGCCGGCAACAGCGUGACCCCGAGUCACGCCAAAUGGAGAGUGAAAUUGAGCUGCAAAUACUCUCCACCGACUUAAAGCUGCACGCCGAACACGCUCGCCUCCUCGGAGGACCCCAACGACACCGGACUUGUCUCCAUGACGACUGGCUGGCACUGGUGCAGUUCUACCUGACGUGUGUGGAGGUGCGCCGUGGACCGCCCGCCCCCAUGGAGGCCAAAGACAACAAUACUUCCAAACAAGACCGCCUUGAUCCUCCCGCCCAGGAGGCCCAGGCAGACCCCCUCCUCCCGGGGGGACCGCAGACAAAGGAGACGGCGGAUCAUCAGGACGAUAAGAAGGGUGAUCAGGAGGAGGAGGGGAGGAAAAACCAGGAGGAGAAAAGGAGCGACCACGUGAAGGAGGAGGGCGGGAACAAAGAUGGCACGGGUGAAGACCGUGAGGAGAAAGAGAAGGACAGUCAUCAGGAGGAGAAGGAGGGUGACGAGCAGGGCAAAAGGAGUGAGCAGCAGAUAAAAGAAGACGGUGGUCCGCACGGAGAGGAAAAAGGGGAAAAGGAAAAGAGCGAUGAAUCGGAGAGUUACGAUGAUGAGGAGGUGGACAAUGACGAGAGUGACCUGGAGAAAAAAGAAAAGGCCGAGGAACACGAGAAGGAGAGCGGCGACGAGGACGCGGAUAACGAGGAGAGUGACGAGGAGAAGGACAGUGGCCAAGAGCUGGAGAGUGGCGAUGAGUUGGACAACGAAGAGAGUGGCCAGGAGAAGAAAGAAAAGGCUGUGGGACACGAGAAAGAGAGUGAUGAGGAGGACACCGAGAAGGACAAUGAUGAAGAGCAGGAGAGCGACGAGGAGGUGGACAAUGGAGAGAAAAUAGAAACGGCUGGAGAACACGAGAAGGAGAGCGACGACGAGGACACCGAGAACGACGAGGAGAAGGACAAUGACGAGGAGCAGGAGAGUGAUGACGAGGAGAAAGAGGGCGAUGACGAGGAGGCGGACAAUGAAGAAAGUGACCAGGAGAAGGAGAAUGAGGACAAGGAGAGUGACCAGGAGGAGAAGAAGGACAAGGAGAAAGACGACCAGGAGGAGGAAGAGAAGCGAAGUGAUCGGGAGGAGAAAGAGAGUGACAAUGAUGAGAGCGACCAUGAGGAGAACGAGGAGGACCAAAGUGACCAGGAUGAAGAAGAUCUUGACAAAGAUGAGAGUGACCAGGACGACGACGACGACGACGAGGAGGGUCAGAGUGAUCAGGAGGAAGAGGAGCGUGACAACGAUGAGAGUGACCAGGAGGAGGACGAGGGACAAAGUGAUCACGAGGGCAAGGACGAGCGUGACAAUGAUGAGACUGACCGGGAGGAGGACCUGAGUGACGAGGAGGAAGAGGAGUACGACAAUCAGGAGAAGGAGCGCGACAUCGAUGAGAGUGACCGUGACGAGGACGAGGACGAGGAGGACCAAAGUGACGAGGAGGAGUAUGACAGUCAGGAGAAGGAGCGUGACAAUGAUGAGAGCGACCAGGAGGAAGACGAGGAGAGUGACAAGGAUGAGAGUGACCAAGAGGAGGACAAAAAGGACCAGGACGACGAGGAGGAGAGUGACAAUCAGGAGAAUGAGCACGACCCGGAAGAGGACAACAAUGGAGAGGAAGAGGACGGAGACAGUGCCCAUGAGAAGCAGUGUGAGCAACAGGAGGAGAACGGUGUGAAGAAUGAAGUGGAGGAAGAGGAGAACCCCGAUAACCAGGAAGAGAUCAGUCACGAGGAUCAGGAGAGGAAGAUCAAGAGCAUCAAAAAAGCCAUGGGAGAUCACGGGGAGAACCAGCAGGCCAUGGAGGUGCAAGGAUGCCCGGUGUGGAACGCAGCCGCCAGGAGGCGCUGGAUCGAAAGAUGGAGAAUCGGGAGGAGACUGACGGGAAGGCGCUGGGUGAUCAUGAGGGGGAGGAGGUACAGAGCCAUGAGGAGGCGCUGGAUGACCACCAGGAGGCGAUCGAGAGCAAAGAAGAGAGUGGCCGUGAUGAAGAAGAGGGAGAGGAGAGUGACCGUGUGAAGAACAUGAAACACUACAUCAGUGCCAAAUAUGUAAAUCAUAUUUAUGAACCACUUAUUCUAGUUAUCAUGCUAACAUUAUUUAGUCAUUAUGGGUGUGCUACAAAAACAAAUAAA